GGCCGGGUCACGCCCGCCCCCGGCCGCGCCACCGCCCCUUCCUGUCAUGGCCGCUGUCGGGCUGCGGGAGCGCGGCGAGGUGGCGCGGGCCGGCGCCCCCAGGAGCUGAGGGCCCUCCCCGGGCGGUGCGGCGCGGAGCGGGGACAUCCCCCAGCCCAGAGCCGGCGGCAGGAGAUACUGCUGAACUACCUGUUUUCCAGCACUUUCCUCAUAUAAUUUCCCUUUGGGAUCAGCUGGUCGGCAGCAUGCCUUCUACCGAGAACACCUCAAAACUUUUCCUGGUCCUUGUUUCAUUGCUGCUGGUGCUGCCAGUAGUUGAAGCCCUAGACGCAGGAGAUACCAUCGCCUUCCUACUAGGCCUCACCGUCAGUGUUGUUGGGUUCUGUGCCUGCCUCGGUUUGUAUGCCAGGAAAAGGAAUGGGCAGCAAUGAUUUCAAGAAGAUGCUCAGAUGAAGUGAAUUUCCAAACACAGCUUUGGGUUGAGAUCUGGGGUGUAAAGCUGAGCUUCGGUUCUGGAUAACUUUCAAAACCCAUGUAACAGAUAAUUCUCCAAACCCCUGUUACUGUGCAAUGCAAAAGAAUCAAGACUGUACCCAGUAAAAGGGAUUUGUAGAGUCUGUCCUCAUGACAGUAAGAUGAUUUUAUAUUGCUUGUGAUUAAGUAUUGCCUAGAGAAGGGUAAGAACUUUUAGAAUGGGGAAGGAAAACUAUAGAGUGUUUCACAGUAAAUGUUUAUAAAUGGAACAUGUGAAGGAGACCAUCAAUGAGUUCCACAGUUUUGGUUUCAGGAGUUAAUCAGGAGGAAGCGGCUAUUAAUCUUCCAGUCAGGAUGACAGAGCUUUGGAAGUACUCCUAACUAGAGAGCUAGCGAGCAGACUGCUUUGACUUGUGUACAUGUGCUCACAUUCUUUGUAAUGACAAUUAACACCUAACAGCUCACUUCUGCUGUCACAGGGAUGAAACUUUGGAGAACUAAGAAAAGAUGGAAAACUUUUUUUCUUACGUGUGUUUAUUUUAGAAUGUGCCUCUCCUGUAGCCUGUGUUCUUGUUACAAAAUAGAUACAUUGAAGAAUGGGACCAUUAUUUUUCUUUAGCGUAUAUUUCACAAAGAAGUACAUGUAAGGCUAUGUUAAUCAAAUGAGGGAUAUAUUUUGUUGUCUCAUGUUUAUUUUUUGUACUCGGCUUUCCUUUAGGCACACCAGGUUUAAGGCUUGUUUCAUUUUAUAUUUUUUUCCCCAAAACUGAAGACUUACCUAUUUUAAUAAGGAAUUAUGACUAGUAUUUCUGCAUUAUGGGGGGGUUAUUAGAAUUAUAACAAGACAAUUGUGCACGUUUCUUUUCCAAUAUGGAAACAACACGUUUUGUUAAAAUCCUGGUUUUAGUCAACAGGUCCAUUGUUCUUGAGUGUCUUCCUCAUGACAAACUUACGUUGUUAGCUAAACAUUUAGCUAAACUUCUUACCUAAUUGAUGCAUAAGAGUUCCACAGAAGAUUAGGACCAAAACCAAAGUAAAAAAUCCUGAUGCGAAAUGGGAGAUGUAAAUAGCCUUAUUCUGUUCAUGCUCAGUCAGAUUGUGUGGUAAACGGUUGAAAGACUCUACACAGUAGCACAUCCAGGACCUGUUUCUUUAAGUACCAAAGGUGAAAUGGCACAGCCAGGAAUGUCCACCGCAAGUCCCUCUGGCUUCUUAGGGUGUUCUAGCUGUCCGCUUGAGACAAGGAGCAGAAUAAGGAGCAUAGGAAGGUGAGCUCACCACAGUUCACAGAAUUUCCUUCUGAUCUUGUGCUGUGGACACUGCCAUUGUUGCUAGAAAUCUUGGCUUUUAUCUUUCAGAGCUGGGGAAAGGUUAAAUGGGAUGCAAAGCUAUAUAUUUUGAUACUAGUCUUCCCCUUUCUCUGCGAGUGUCUCUGUUCAGUAGAGCACAAAGUAAUGGCUAGAAAAGUUGUCAGGCAGGUUUUAUAUAAGUAAUUGGGUUGGCAGAUUAUCAUGUUCUCCAAACGCAUAAGAUUUCUGUAUUCUGUAUGCCAGUUGUGGCUGGUUUGAUUUCUCUCUCCAGCCUCUGAGGAGACAGAGCCCUGGUUAUUUUGUUCUUGCAAUUUAUGUCCCUCUGACGUGGUUGAUAGAGGGAGGAAGGUAAAAUGAAAGCUUCCAAAAUUGCUUGGGGUUGAACUGUAGAACUCAAACUAGCAAGCCACAAGAAUGUAGGUUUCUGCUCUCAAGUUACAGGAAUAAUAAUGGUCUCAAAGUUACUCUGAUGAGAUGCAAGUCUUGCCAGGUAGAUGUUCAUGAACCCUUUUUGUGGCUUCCAGAAGUCAGAAAGGGACAUGGUGCACAAUUAUUAUGUACAAAUUAAUUUUACAGCCCUAAGAGGAGCUUCAGACAGUAGUGUCACCUUUGAAAGCUGCCUAGCAGCAGCAAAUGAUCCUGUCCAUGGUUACUCAGCUGGGUGGAUGCAAGCACAUGUUAAGUGGGGUCUUCCACGUUGCAGCUUGGCUAAACCAUUACCCUUAAAAAAACAAACAAAAAACCAAACCACAAAAUCACCACUCAAUUCACUUUAUAUUUCUCAAAAUUAUGGAAUUUUGCCAAGUUUUCAGUAGAAUAGUAAAUACUGUUCUUUCAGUAGGAUAAAUUUUAUCACCAGCAGCUUUUCACAGACUCCUUUAUCUUCACUUUGCAAAAGAUCUCUGGCAAUAGUUUCACAGAAUUGUGCAACAGUUUCACUGCAGGGGAACAAAAUUUUAGUUGAUAGGGGUAUGAGGAACUGUGUUCUUCGCCUGAAGCAAAGGUGUACUUCAUGGAAAAGUGUUUGCACAGCGUAAUGGUGGUGUUUCCUGCGUUCUGACAGAAGCUUUAUUGUUAAAGACUUGCAUUUGUUGGUGAUUUGAGUGUGAAAUCAGAUACUUCUGGUUUUUCUUCUGUCUUAAUAAACUUCUCACAAAUGA